AGCCCCUGAGGCACCCCGCCCCGCGCCCGGGCCCUCUGCGGGCGGCAGCCCUGCGCGGCGGGAGGCGGGGGUGGCAGUGUCUGCGCGCACACGCACGCUCACAGACACACACGCCCGGGCCACGCCACAGACACACGACACGCACAGAGCCACGGCCGGCCGCUGCGCACACUCGUACCCGCGCUCACGCUCGCUCUCCGGCGCAGGCCCUGCAGCAGCCGCUGCCCGGAGGCGGUGGCAUCCUGCUCGGAUCCCAGCCGGGACUGGAGAAUCCUCGUGUAAUAAGAGCAGCUGUUAUUCCUCAUUUCACAGACAAGACACAGAGAAGUUGCAGAGCAGCCCAGGGCCACCCCACAGCAGUGGAAUCAGGACUGGAACGUCACAGAGCAGAGACGACUGGCCGCCCUGAGUGCAAUUCAAUUCAACAGACAUUUACUGAGUGCCUACUAUGCGCCAGGCCUUAGGCUAGGCACUGGGGAGCACAGACAGGAAAGUGGGGGUCCCAUUCUCAGAUAGUUCUGGUACCAAGAGAGAAGCCUUGUGGAGGGCUGGAACAGCAGAGCCCGGGGUUCAAGGGCAUCACAGGAGGGCUACUGUUUGUCUAUGCCUCAGUUUCCCCCACCUGUAACAUGGAAGGGCAAGGUGGGGUGAAACUUUUCCAGGACCCCAUGGGCCACUCAUUGCGGGUGGGGUAGAGCAGGGAGGUCAUCCCUCUCCUGCAGGCUCCUCAGAGAAGGGGCAAAGUUCUGGGCCCUAGGGUGUGAGGGUGGGGGCGGAGCAGGUAGGAGCAGCUCCCGGGCUCAGGAACACCAUGAACAAAGACCUGGAGGACAUGGGAGGUGGGUAGGCAUCCCAGAAGCUCAGAGAAGGCGAGAAGGUUUGAGAGUGUGAGCUCUGUUUGGGGGCAGUGGCAGCCAUGAUGGGCUGUUGAGGAGGGUGUCAGGAACACAUCUUGCUUUACCUCACCCUUCUCUUCCUCCCGCCCUCGUAACUCCUUUAGAACAAGCAGCCAUGUAGUUAGUGUGGCAUCUGUGUAGUGCCAGGCAGGUCACUGAUAGUCUUCCCUGCUGCCCCUGGAGGUGGGCACUCGUGGGCCCAGCUCACAGGGCUAGCUCACUACUGCCCCCGGAGGUGGCAGUAUGAUCUGAUGCCAAUGCACCUAUGCUCCUACAUCACCCCUAGUUGACGGGGUCUGCGCUCUGUGUGGCCUCCCCCAUCCUGUCUAUUCCAUUGUCCCGAGGUAUUCCCAAGAGCCAUGGCAGGAAGACACCCAGAAGCCACUAGUUAGACUGUGGGCCUGGUAGCCAUCUUUAGAGACCAGUGUAGGGUGGCUCCUUUCCUGCUUUACAUGAGUAGCUUGAGGCUCGGGUCCAAAGUUAGACACAGCGAGGGCCAGACUGGGCUGAGAUCCUGUCUCUUUAGUGGCAGCUGAAGCUCUGGGGGAUGUUGAAACUGCCCCACCCUGACUGUGGAGGAGCUGCUGCGAAGCAGCCUCAUCAGGUAGUACAAACGACUCAGACCUCAGACCUGGGUUCAAGUCCUGGUGUUGCCUUGCAUGACUGUGUAAUGGUGAGAGACAUUAGCCACUCUGAGCCUCGGUUUCUUUAUUUGUUUCCAGGAGGGCUUGGCUUUCCUAUCCACUUAGCAGCGGUAGAUAUUCACCGAGUACUCACUGAGGUCUGGUGCUGGCUGUGUUGGUGGGGAGGCUCACAAUUGGGCCUUCCUUGGAGAACUAAGGGGAAAAGCCAGUGGCGGUUAGGAUUCUGGUAGGGAUGGAGAAGGACAAAGCCCAGGGAUUGUAGGGACCCACAUGGGGCACUCCAACCAAGUGAGGAGGACAGGUUCCAGCUCCAGAGGACCACAGGGGCUGGGCUCUGGGUGUGCUGGAAUUUUCCCAGAUCAGUCAGAGCCAGGGAAGCCUCUCUAUUAGGGGAAGCCAUACUUGGGUUUAUAUUCAAGUAAGUUCUCCCUCUGCAGGGUAGAGGACAGACGUGAUAGGUUGGUAAGCUUGGAGGAUGCUGAAGGGGUGGAACAUAGUAGGGCCAGUGGGGCUGGUGGACAGGAGUAUCCUUAGGGUAGGGAGCUGGAGGGAAGCCAGACAGGCUGCGUGUGUGGAGGGGAGCGUCCUUCUAGGUGCCAGGGAGGGGACAGGAAGGGGGGCAAGUAGGUGAUGGUGGUCAGCACAAAGUCAUCUGUUAGGGACCAUGAAGAGGGCCAAGAUAUGCUCUGGGGCAGGAAGUAGGCUUGAGAGGAGCAGAGAGCUGGAAUGGGACCCUGGGAAGGCUUCUGAGGAAUAGGGACAUAGGGGGAAAGCCAGCCUUGCGGGUCCUCAGGCUGGGAUGGCUGUGUUUCCCCAGAGGGAGGCAUAAAGGAUGUCUAGUCAUGGUGGCAGGAGGGCCCUGAGGGGCAGAGAAGGCAGAAAGAACCCUAGCUUGCAGCCCUAGGAAGAGGAGGUUGCAGUAGAAGGGAAGGUGUUUGGGAAUGGAGUAAAAUAUUUGCAUGCGUAACAGGGCUGGGUGAGGAGAGGAAAUUACCAUACAUCAGGAUCUUGUUAUUCAACCUAAUUUUCAAAGGGGCACAGCUGUCGCGAUGAGAUAAUCCGUUAAUUAUAACAGCCAUUGUGCUUUGGCAAUGGGAGAGAAACCGAGGCUGGGUACAGGCUGAGGCUGGGUGGGAAAUGGCCUUCGAGGGCCCAGGACCUCAAAGAGGGGGCAGGGAGAGAGGCAGAGAGGGGCGCUGGGCUCUCAGAACCAGGGGGAAGAGCAGGCAGGGACCAGGUUGCAGCCUCUGCACAGCCACCAUCAGCAUGGAGGGGCUUAGGUCUACUUCUUGUCAGCUGGCUCUGUGCUCCUAGAGCCAGUCGCCAGAAUCUUCUAGAGCAGUUAACUUUAUUGAGCAGUUACUAUGUGCCAGACCCUGCUCCCUCUAGCUGUUCCUAUAGCCAGGGCUCUUCCUGGUUUUGUUUUGUUUUUCCCCCAGAAGAGGAAACACCCAAGAAGGUAGCUGGCAGAGACCCAUGUGACCUGACUAUGGCUCUGAACUUCCAGAAUAGCCUGAGAGACAGGACCCACUGAGUGGGACAAGAGCGUCCAUGGUUUAAGGCAUGUCAUCACUGCGGUCACGGGUGGCCCUCCCCCGGUGGCAUUUCCGGGGCCCUGGGUGCUGACAGAGCCUCCUUGUUCUCUGGGCUGCAGCUGCAGGCCCUCUGCAGCCUCCAAGGCAGCCUUUAGUCUGGCCCCCAACCCACAGAAAACUGCCCUCAGGCCAGGAGAGGGCGUUGCACACCAUCUCGGGUGCUCCCCUGCUGGUCUUUUGGACCACCUGCUUGGAGGUAGGAAGGCUACAGACAGUUGGCUCUUCCCUGGGAGGAACUCUUAGCCCAGCCUUGGCGAGGCGGAGGAUGGUCUAUCAGGGACCUGGGGUGCUGGGGCCUGGGAGAGGCAGGCGGGAGGCAGUGAGUCAUGGGACAGGACCCUGAAGUCUUGCUGCCCAGAACCCCACACACAUUUGGUCCAAACUUGGUUCAGGAGUCAGCUGUAGGCCUGAUGCAACCUUAACUAGGAAUUCUGCAGAGGCCAGCUGGCAGGUAGGGGGCUUAUUCUGAAAAUGCACCUGGAACUCCCAGUGUGACCCAGAGACUCAGGUAGCACUGUUGGAGGACAGGCAAGAAGUUGGGGGUCCUUAGAGGGGCACCAGGUAUGGGAAACUCUCUGAGGACUCCCUUUAAAAGCCAAAGGGAGGCCAGGGAAGGCGGGGGCAGUUUGAAGUCCUGGAGAACGGAUGGCUCCUAGCCCAGGCCCUGAAACAGACUGUUAGGACCAAAGAGCCACAACCCUAGAUUUAUCACUGGAGACUCCCAAACCGACAGACCCAUGCUGCUAGUGUCCUAGAGUUCUGAGACCCAGAACCGCUGAGGGGCAGGGUGGAGUGGGGUGGGGAUGGAGGCCAGGGUCAACUAUGUGUGCGAGGAGCAACCUGCUGGUGGACCCCACGCAAGCUGGCAUAGCUGCCCCACUCUUGAGCCCCUGUCUUGUUUGCCUUGUAAACUCCAGUACCCAGGGCUCAGGAUGACUGUCAGGGAGGACAGUACCAUGGCUACCCCGUUGUCUGUGGGUGCUACUGGGUUUCAGAAACGGAAAUUCUUUAAAGACAAAAGCUCCCAAGCUUUCCACAUUGCCAGCUAGCUAAAAACAAAAUUUAAUUACUGUCCAGAUGAAGCAGGGUCCCUUGGCAUUGCAUGAGUCAGAACCUGGGGCUGAGGAGGAGAAAGCCACUGCAUAGCGGUUGGAGGCCGAGUCCCUCUGUAGAGUGGCGAUCAGAGGCUGCUUCCAAGCCCGAGUGAUGCCUUUUCUGCCCAUGUAUUCCCGGCAGGCCAGGCUGCUCCAGGGGGCUGCAUGCUCUGAGCUGGGGCCUCCGUUUCUACCCAGAGGUCCCCUGACACACUGCCUUGCCUUGGGACGACUCUGAGGAUAUUGGAAGGCAGGAAAAUGCCCACCCUUGGGACCCUGGAGGAGGAGCAGGCUGUAAGGCAGAACCAAGAGGGUGAGCCUAGCUGGUGCCUGGUACAUAGUAGGUAUUCCAUAAAUGUUUAUUGAAUGAAUGAAUGGAGGCCAUGCAGGCAGAGGCAGCGUGCGCGCGCAGGCACUGUGCGAGAGCGGGUCCAGUGGAGACCGGAACUAGGUGACAGAUGGGCUUCCUUCCUGUCCCCACCUCGCUCGCCAGUCCUCAGUGUUGUGCUCCCGGCUCCUGGGGGAACUGCCUGAAGUUCUGAGCACAGAACCCAAGGGGGAGGAGGAGGAAGAGCAAGAAGAAGCCAAGCCUGGGAACCUGGGUUUCCAGCAGGAGCCUGGUGCCUGCUUGGAGCCCUUCAGAGCAGCAGGUGCCGGCGGCUGUGCUCAUCCUGCCCAGGGCCCUCGCGCUGGAGGUCACCCCCAAGAUGGUGGCGGCUCCGGGGAGGACUGUCCCACCAGCCCCGUCCUCUGGCUGCUAGGUCCCUCUGUUGUCUGGCCCUCGCCCCAGCUGGGUCUACAAGGGGCCGAAGCCCGGGACCAUGCUGCGCCUGGGGCUGUGUGCGGCAGCGCUGCUGUGCGUGUGCCAGCCGGGGGCUGUGCGCGCUGACUGCUGGCUCAUCGAGGGGGACAAGGGCUACGUGUGGCUGGCCAUCUGCAGUCAGAACCAGCCGCCAUACGAGACCAUCCCCCAGCACAUCAACAGCACUGUGCAUGACCUGCGGCUCAACGAGAACAAGCUCAAGGCUGUCCUGUACUCCUCGCUCAAUCGCUUCGGGAACCUCACGGACCUCAACCUCACCAAGAACGAGAUCUCCUACAUCGAGGACGGUGCCUUUCUGGGCCAGACGAGCCUGCAGGUCCUUCAGCUGGGCUACAACCGGCUCAGCAACCUGACUGAGGGCAUGCUGCGUGGCAUGAGCCGCCUGCAGUUCCUCUUCGUCCAGCACAACCUCAUCGAGGUGGUGACGCCCACCGCCUUCUCAGAGUGCCCUAGCCUCAUCAGCAUCGACCUGUCCUCCAACCGCCUCAGCCGGCUUGACGGCGCCACCUUUGCCAGCCUCGCCAGCCUGAUGGUGUGUGAGCUGGCCGGCAACCCCUUCAACUGUGAGUGUGACCUCUUCGGCUUCCUAGCCUGGCUCGUGGUCUUCAACAACGUCACCAAGAACUAUGACCGCCUGCAGUGUGAGUCGCCGAGGGAGUUCGCUGGCUACCCAUUGCUCGUGCCCCGGCCUUACCAUAGCCUCAAUGCCAUAACGGUCCUGCAGGCCAAGUGCCGCAAUGGCUCCAUGCUUGCCCGGCCUGUGAGUCACCCCACGCCCUACUCCACGGAUUCCCAGAGGGAACCCGAUGAGAAUUCAGGCUUCAACCCCGAUGAGAUCCUCUCGGUGGAGCCGCCGGCCUCGUCUACCACGGAUGCGUCUGCGGGCCCGGCCAUCAAGCUGCACCAAGUCACCUUCACCUCGGCCACCCUGGUUGUCAUCAUCCCGCACCCUUACAGCAAGAUGUACGUGCUGGUCCAGUACAACAACAGCUACUUUUCCGAUGUCAUGACCCUCAAGAACAAGAAAGAGAUCGUGACGCUGGACAAGCUGCGGGCGCACACCGAGUACACCUUCUGUGUCACCUCACUGCGCAACAGCCGCCGCUUCAACCACACCUGCCUGACCUUCACCACUCGGGACCCUGUGCCGGGGGACCUGGCCCCCAGCACCUCCACCACCACGCACUACAUCAUGACCAUCCUGGGCUGCCUGUUUGGCAUGGUCAUUGUGCUGGGGGCUGUCUACUACUGCCUGCGCAAGCGGCGCAUGCAAGAGGAGAAGCAGAAGUCUGUCAAUGUCAAGAAGACCAUCUUGGAGAUGCGCUAUGGCGCUGAUGUGGAUGCCGGCUCUAUUGUGCACGCUGCCCAGAAGCUGGGCGAGCCGCCUGUGCUGCCUGUGGCCCGCAUGUCCUCUAUCCCCUCCAUAAUCGGGGAGAAGCUGCCCACCUCCAAGGGGAUAGAGGCGGGGCUAGACACGCCCAAGGCGGCUACCAAAGGCAACUAUAUCGAGGUGCGCACGGGUGCUGCAGGGGAGGGCGUGGCCCGGCCCGAGGAUGAUCUCCCAGACAUCGAAAACGGCCAGGGCUCGGCCGCUGAGAUCUCUACCAUUGCCAAGGAGGUGGACAAGGUGAACCAGAUCAUUAACAACUGUAUCGAUGCUCUCAAACUGGACUCGGCCUCCUUCCUAGGGGGCGGCAGUGGCGGCGGGGACUCUGAUAUGGCCUUCGAGUGCCAGUCCCUCCCUGCGGCUACUGCUGCCUCCUCGGCUGCCACCCCGGGGGCUCUAGAGCGGCCCAGCUUCCUGUCACCCCCCUACAAGGAGAGCUCCCACCACCCGCUGCAGCGCCAGCUGAGCGCCGACGCCGCAGUGACCCGCAAGACCUGCAGCGUGUCGUCCAGCGGCUCCAUCAAGAGCGCCAAGGUUUUCAGCCUGGACGUGCCGGACCACCCGGCCACCGCCGGGCUGGCCAAGAGCGACUCCAAGUACAUAGAGAAAGGCAGCCCCCUCAACAGCCCGCUGGACCGGCUUCCACUGGUGCCCACGGGCAGCAGCGGUAGCAGUGGCGGGGGUGGUGGCGUCCACCACCUGGAGGUGAAGCCGGCCUACCACUGCAGCGAGCACCGACACAGCUUCCCUGCCCUCUACUAUGAGGAGGGCUCCGACAGCUUGAGCCAGCGAGUGUCCUUCCUCAAGCCACUGACCCGUUCCAAGCGUGACUCCACCUAUUCUCAGCUCUCCCCCAGACAUUACUACUCAGGGUAUUCCUCCAGCCCUGAGUACUCGUCCGAGAGCACACAUAAGAUCUGGGAGCGUUUCCGGCCCUACAAGAAGCACCACCGCGAGGAGGUGUACAUGGCUGCUGGCCAUGCCCUGCGCAAGAAGGUCCAGUUUGCCAAGGAUGAGGACCUGCAUGACAUCCUUGAUUACUGGAAGGGGGUCUCAGCCCAGCAGAAGCUGUGACCCUCUCCUCCCCCACCGGUGAGGUGAGGGGGAGGGCAGGGGCACUCGGGGUACGGGCCCCGCCAGGGUGGCCGGGAGGCAGGGGACAGGCCAAGGGGUCUGGGCCAAGGGGGCCCGGGCCUAGGAGUGGACGUACACGCACACCCGCACACACGCACCCACACACACACUUGACCACCACCUGACUGUGAAGCAACCAACACCCAACAAUAACGGACAGGAAAACAAACAUUUUCCUUAAAGUUUACAACCUGCUACCGAAACCAGUUGUCUCUACUGUGCUGCCCAAAGGGACUCACUGGGCUGGGGAAGAGGCCAGAGAGGGUCUGGGGCCUGGGCUUAGGCGGGUUUGGUGGAAAAAGAAUGUGGGGUAGAAGCAAACCAUAGCCCUUGUUCAGGGAGGGUGUCCUCCACGCUGGGGGACAUUUCCCUUGGAGAGCUGGCAACAUGUGGACCCUGGGCAUCCUCUCCUCCCACUUUGGAUGGCCCAGAGAGAGGAGAAGAAGGCCCUGGGGUCUCACCCAACACGUUACGGCUUCCUGGCCCAGUAUUGGUCCCACCUCCAGCUGCUCUUUGGACCGUGUCCCUCCACCCACUACCCCUUCCAAAGCUGUGGGCUCAGGGGUUUGGGACCGAGGCUGGCAGGUGCUCUUCUCUAGAAAGUCCGUAGGUACCCACGAGGUGAAAGUCUAUGGUCCCUAGCCCUGGGUGGUCAGGAGCGAGGCGUGUCCUUCGGACCAGAGAGAGGCAGAGGCAAAAGGUGCCACCAACCCGCUUCAAGUGUCUUCCAAGUAGUCCCGGAGCUGCCUGGGGGUGGGAUGGUGGGUAUACCUGCUCCCCACUGGUGUCUCAGGUGCAGGCCCCCAUGCCACAGCCCCUAGUUCCUCUGGGCCUCUGGGGUCCCUACCCACUGCGGAGAGGCAACAGAGAACGGUGAGGCCUGGGGCCAGUGAGGGGCUACGGAAUGCGGGAGUCCUCCCUGCAGCCCGCACCCACGCCUGCUUGGCCCCUGCUGUGGGCAGCAUUUUGGCCUGCCCAGGAGGGCAUCUGUCCCACCCCACCCUGUCUCAUGCCCUGGCUAGAGGGGCUCCCAUGUUUCCAUGGAAAUGGCCACAGUCCUCCUCCCGACCCACUCCCGACACCAAUCAAAGCACAAACAGUGAGGUGCCCCCUACUGCCCUGGUCAGGGAGCAGCCCAGGUUCCUGGCCCCUCCCCUUCCCUAGCUAGUCUGUUGCCAUGGCAACCCAGUGCCUGGCAGUUGGUGCCCAGAACGACCAACUGACCAACCGUUGGGCUGUGGGGCUCUCUCAGUGUGGGUGGCAGCAGAGGACGGUAUAGGAGGCCCGGCCAGGCGGCAGCGCUCUCAAGAGCCGGGAGUUUCCAGGGCCAGGCUCCGGAGGCUGUUCUGGAGUCCUGAGACUAGGCUGAGGCAGUGUCUCUGCCUGUGGGACAUGGGGUCAGCUGCACUAGUCAGCUGUGCCCUUUGGGUUGCCGCUGAAAUAGGUAUGGGCCUUCUCAGCUCUACCCCAACCCUUCCAGAGACCCCUCGCUCCUGAGGUGGGGGAAUGUGACUGUGGAGUAAGGGGGCUUGAGGGUGGCAUCUCACUUGACCUGUGAGAGCUCUGCCCAGGAAAGCUAGGGCUAUCCUUGGGGGUUGGGAUACAGGGAAGGACUGGGGUGGGGAGACUUGACUGAACACAUCAACUUUGCAGUGGGCCAAGCCCAGGGCUCACUCAGGGGUGACAUUUGCAAAAAAUAAUAAUAAUAAUAAAACAAAGACUGUUCUCCGGGGGAGAGGAGGGGACUGGCCAGCCUGGAUGUGAAGAGCAGAGUUUCCCCUGCCACAAUCCUGCCCUCACCCCACCCGCCACCCACCACCCGAGAACAGCAGGCAGGCUUAGAGGCCGGGGGUGUAAGCAAGCAGACCCCUGUUAUCUUUGCAUGACGAUUUUACUGUAUUUUUCUGAGCAAACAAACAUCUGUCGUGUAUGUGCCAGUUCGUCCAGACUCCCCUCCCCACCCCCACUCCCCUCCAUGUGAUCCGAGCAGCUCUUGAAACCCAGGGAGGACCAGCUCUGCAGAAGACCCAAAACAGGUGCCACCAACAUAGCCCAGCCUGUCCAUCCUCCUCCCGUCUUCCUGGGCAUUGGGCCCACAAGUGCUGCCCGCUCUCCUCUAUCUCCACCUUCAAUCCAGCCUCUGUCCCAUUCCGUCCCUGCUGGUCCUUUCCCCUCCUCUCCACCAUGGAAGGCUGUCUCGAGGCCGUGCUCUUGCGGAAGGGUCUAUGGGAGGACCUUUGUCAACCUGUUCCCGUUUGGAGAUGAAGCUGGGGUCCUUUGCAGAGAGAUGCCUUGUGUGGCAGCUCAGCCAGCCACACAGGAUGGGGAGGGCUGUCAGCCAUACUGAGAACAGGAGGUCAAGAGCUUGGAGCUUCAUGGAGAGGUUUGGGGCUCUGCAGGAGGGGAGUGGGCCUUGUCAUGCCCGGGGGUGGGGGGAAUCCCUACAGUGGACCAUUAUUCCUGGCUGAAGAUAACUUAUAAAACCUCAGAUGCCACUCAGAGGAUCCAUUUCAACAGUGGGGCCCAUGCCACAGGGAUCUUUGAGAAGAGCAAGGGCCCAAGCAUAGGCACUUCCACUGGCCUGGUCCUCCAGCUGCCCUGGUCAGUCCUCUGGCACAUCCUGUGCACUAUCUAGGAUGGCUUGUGCCUGGGCAGAAGUAAAACAGUCACAAGACAAAUGUAUACUUACUCCCUAGGUCCAAGUGAAGCCCCCGGCUUUGUAAAAGCCAUGAGGUCUGGGCUGAGGCUCGAAGGCAGGCCAUGAUUAGGGGCACAGGGAGAGGAGGAACCCAGGGGUUUCAUGGAGCAGUCAUCUGGGGGACAUGUGGGUUGGAAGUCACAACUGGACUUCCCUGACCUCAUAGAGAACAACCCGAGAAGCCAUCUUUGUUGGACCAUGUGGCCUUCUAGAAAUAAAAACAACUUAGUCUUAGCUAAGUCCUAGGAAAGGGUCCUUCUGUCACCAGUGGCCCUAUGACUCUGCUCCUUCUUGAGCACAGAGCAGGACACUCUGGGGCAGCCCGUGCAGGGCCUGGGGGACUGUUCGAGAGAGGUGGCUAGGGAAAGCCCUGGCCACCUUAGGAAGACUUGGGCAGCACAGAGCAGCCAGACAGAGAUGGCAGUGACAUCUGGGGCUGGCCCAUGACCCUCCAUGUUCCUGAUUAGAAGUCACCUGUGCCCACAAUCCAGAAAAUGUAAGGUGUUGAAGUGGGCAGAAGAACAGGGGGAGGGAAACUUCUAGACAGGCCCAGAGGGGACAGACGGGGACAGAAGCAGCGACCCUCCCAACCUCCCCGUUAAUGAGGGAAUGAGACCGCAGGGUAGAAGAUGCAGGUCGCUGCAGAGAAUGGAGGGAUGGGGUCGGGGGUCGGGAGCAAGUGGGCUCUGGUCUCUCCAAGGAGAUGCCAGGCAACAGACAAAGAGAGCCAAUGCUUUGAAAAUGAGCUGGAGGGAGAGGUGUUAGACCUGCUGGCUGUCUCCAAGCUUCUUCUCUGGCCAUCCUAUCACUCUGUCCUAGCAAGUCCUAACAUGGCUGGGGGCCUUUUCUCUAGGGUGUGGCUGGGUUGGAAAGGGUGUAGGAGGUUAUGGGGUGUCUAACUGCCUGUAGGGUGACCUCACCUCCUUGAUGUUUGUCCAUCUUGACAAGGCUUGCUCUCUGGGAUCCACCCCACCCCCAGCCCUAGGAGAGGGUACCUCCCAGUCCCCCGGUCACAUGGCUGACACCUUCCAUGACCUACAUCCACCUCUAAGAACUAAUUUCUCCCGCUACUUGCCUCAGAGCCCCCUAGAUGCCAGCUGCCCCCUGCUGGGCAGCCGGGAGACUAGAGGUUCCCACAAGGAGUGUCCUCUUUUUUCUCCCUCUUCUGCCAGGCAGACACAGGGCUGUGGUGGAGGUCUAGGCAAUGAUGGCCACCUCUCCUCCCCGCUUCCUGCCCCCACCCUCCUCAGGAGCUGCCAGCCCCCAGGGGCACGGCAGCCUGGCACCUGGUUUGAGGCCUGCGGAGCUGGGCACAGGGCCCUGGACUCUGAACCUGUGGCCCUUGCUGUGUACGGAACUUGCCUCCCCCUGGGGGCCUUGGACCCUCUCCUUCUCUUCUUUUAGGGGGUAACUUCAUUUAUUUCUCUUCCUUCCAUUUGCCUCUUCCACGAAUUUUCCUGUUUUAAACCGAAUGGCACGAAAUCGUUUUCCUCACCUUGGAGAUUCCUGUAUGGAGAGAAUCAAUUUCUAUAUUUGCAAUAAAUUUCUUAUUUAAAACA